AUGGAGAAGCAAGGGAAAGUGAAAAACGGCCAAAUGGCCCCUACAGAGAAGGAGGGAGAAAAACACGUCGUUCGAAAUAUGGCUAUUAUUCUCCUGAUUGUGGCAGUAGCCAUUGCCAUAGCUAUAGCUAUGAUAGUAUAUAUAGCAGUAAUCAAGGAGUGUGUACAGGUAUCGUUGUCAUCGACCCCUGAGUGGAGCCCCUAUCGAAUAGAUACAGCAGAAGCCAUUAUAGGUGUGACUUUAGGAUAUCCGAAAGCAUAUGAAGAGUAUCGUUAUGAGUACCAGGCCAAGCUCUACAACAUGAAUAUAGAUCUCCUUGCUGCUUUAGGAAAUGAUUCCGAGCUAUCAAGUGUCACGUGGUCACUUGGAAAGUUGGCCCAAUACAUUAGCGGUAUCGUUGUUUCCUGUCAACACGCUAUAACAGUAAUGUCAAUACAGCCUCAAUAUAACACUCAUCACAAUAGGUCAAUACAGCCUUACUAUAACAAUGAAGCCUCAAUGAUAACGAUGGCGUGCACCUGCCUCAACACCGAGACUUCAAGCUAUGCAGCCCAGGCUGCAGCCGAUGUUGUGUGGCGUGAGAUAAUGAAUGAAAACAAUACACUCAAUGAAUAUUCGCUCGGGUUAGCUGCACAGGCUUUGAUCGCUACCAAAAAUGAAACAUUUCGGCAUGGCAUUGCUAAGUCACAGAUGGGAAUUAUCAGCAAACUCCAGGGGAAGAUUCCAGAGAUCAUGAAGAAAGGAGCUGCAGUAUCACAAAUUCUGCCUGCCCUUGCAAAUAGCUCUUUCCUUGACAUUGAGAUUCACCCACCACUCCCCGGAGUGCCGGUUACAGCAAACUGGACGCUCAACAUCACAAUCGGAGUUGAAGACCCGAUUCUUACGAACACCACGCGACAAUGGAAUAGCUCUUUGCUUGUUCCAUCAAACGCCACCCUUCUGCAGGCGAUGGAAGCCCUACAGAAUGAAGCUUCCUCCAACUUCAGUUUUGACACUGUGCCGACAAGUUUCGGCCCUAUGGUCAUUACGGUCUAUGGAAUAACAAGAAAUGAGACCAAUAUGUACUGGAGGAUUAUGAAGGCUCCGGACAUACCCCUCCAAACAGGUAUUGCAGACACAUACCCCCAAAACAACGACCACUACAUCUUCAAGCUCACCUCGUUCUAACGUCAAUA